CUUGUGUUUCCAUAGUGAUAAAUGGUGUGGUUCCCCUUUUUGAAAUGAAGUCGGAUGGACCUUAUAAUGCGCCAUUUGAUAUUGUGGAACAGGAAGACAUUGCCACUUCUCGCUCAAGAAGAUCCUCUGACUGCGUCACGGAUGAGCAUGAAGAGCACCGAAGCGAUGAAAGGGCCUCUCACCGAAAGAUUGCUUCCAAAUUAGCUUCCGGGAUGUCGUCUGACAGAGUUUCUGGAGUCAAAUAUACCGAAGACACUACGGGGCUUAGAGGUGACUCUGAUUCCGGUAGCUCCGAUGAGGAUGAGGACGAGGACGAGGAGAACAACACCCCAGAAGUUGUGGAGGGUGCGUAUAAUCCAGCGGACUAUGAACACCUUAAUGUAUCACCAGAAAUUAAAGAGCUAUUUGAAUACAUUCAAAGAUACACGCCGCAGACAAUAGAGCUGGAGACACAUUUAAGACCAUUUGUACCAGACUACAUUGCAGCUGUCGGUGAUAUAGAUGCGUUCCUCAAGGUGCCCAGGCCGGAUGGGAUGCCAGAUAACCUCGGACUUCAUGUGUUAGAUGAGCCGUGCGCGAAACAGUCCGAUCCCACAGUUCUGGACUUGCAUCUAAGAACCCUAUCCAAGCAGUCUGCUGCAAGACAGCUGGUGGUCCGAAGUAUAGAAAAUGCUGAUGAGUGUCCGAAAGCAAUCAACAAUUGGAUCAAGAGCAUCUCUGAUUUGCACAGAGCGAAGCCACCACCGACAGUUCACUAUUUGAGAAAUAUGCCAGAAAUUUCCGCACUCAUGGCAGAGUGGCCGGCGAAAGUCGAAGACGCGCUACGCAUCCUCAGGCUCCCGUCCUCCGAGCUGGAUUGCACUCUAAAGGAUUAUAUUGAUAUACUAUGUGUGCAGUGAAUAAACUCAUUAGGAAAUAAAACAUGAGUUCCCGAAUACACAUAACUAAAUAAUUAGUUGGAGUAUCGAACAAGAAUACUUCACGCUACCACGACGAAAAGAUCAGUUAAAUGAAAAGGAUAGAACACGACCCCGGGGAUAAAGAAGGAACAGUGAUCGAAUGGAGAGCAAUCAAGUAUUGGAAACAGCGUUGGUUCAAGAAGACCAAUAUCUACGCCAUUAAAUGAAACCCAGAGGAUUGCAGUGCAACUGAUCCGGCUUGCAAUUACUCUAGUCAACGUCAGCAAAGAUAAACAACAGAUAAACGAGUUGAGGCUGAAAAUAAAUAUCAAAGAGAUAAAACCCCUGCUGGAUGCCUAGUUGCGUCAUAUUAAGGUUUUCGUUUACUGACAUUUUAAAUUCCCCAGAUUCAAGCUGGCAACAUUUCUCU